AUGUCAAAUGUAAACACGGCAAGAUUAGCAGACGAACUUGUGUAUGUGUGUGACCACAUACAGGUAGUUCUUCUUCCGGGUCACAUCAGUGACGUCAGGUUUAUUGUGGAGAACGUGCAAAGAGCACGUGUAGCUUGUCUCAACCCUAGGGUGACACAAGGAAAUCUCACACCGGUAAAAGUGCGGAUACACCUGCCCAGGUUAGCCUGGAUUUGCAAACACCCUGAUCAUUGGUUCCUUGUACCUUUCCAUUUGAGGUUUGGUGAUGAGUAUGAAAGCGACGAAUCGUCAGCAAAAAGACGAGAUAAUGAGGAGAGUUCGGUUGAAAUAUCGUUGAUACGAAUCAAGAAGAAUAAAGGGCCUACAUGUAACACUGAACCUUGGGGAACACCGGCGUUUAUAUUUCUUACAGAAAAAUGUGAAUCAUGAAUAAAGACGGAUUGCUUACG